UGCAAUCCUUCCUUUAUCUUCCCAGGACUAUUUUCUCUCUCUGGGAUGCUACGAUUGUAAGCCCCUGCCACGAUCGACCAGCGACUUCCCUCUCUUCCCCAGAGACGCUCGGCUUCCUGCGACAUCGACGGAGCAGCGACCAUCAUAUAUACUAGGACGACGGACGAGCGACGUCGAUGGACCAGCGACUAAACCUUCCUGCUGGUUGCUGGUUGCUGCUUGGUGGUGACAAGUUGUGAUAAAUCAUGAGGCUUUACGAUACUUGGAAAUCCAUUCUGAGGAUACAGAAGUUCAGGAGAAUCGUGUCCUACACUGGAUUUUAUUGCUUUGCUUCCCUGUUGAGCUAUGCCUACACAAGCAAUACAACUAGAGCUGGGAUCUCAAGAGCUGACCAGUUUUAUGCAUCAUUUCCAGCUGGCACAGAGCUGCUAGCUGACACUGCAAAGUUAUAUAAAGCUGCACUUGGAAAUUGUUUCGAAAUAGAAGAGUGGGGUCCCAUUGAAUUCUGCAUCAUGGCUAAACACUUUGAUCGCCAAGGGAAACCUCCUUAUGCAUACCAUUCUAAAUACAUGGCACAUCUUCUUUCUCAUGGGGAGCUUGAUGGGAGUGGCUAGCCAUUGAUCAAGCAUUCACCACAUCCAAUUAUAGGUAUGCAAAAUAUAGUUUGCAUAGAACUUUGAAGGCCAUAGGAACUCUUUCUUGACAACAGAAGCUUUGCCACAAUGAUAAGUACAAACAUAAACUACCACUGAACCCCAGUUGUUUUGUAUUAGAUGAGGCUGUGGACAUCUUACUCGAAAAGUUUUGGUUUCCUUGCAUGCUUAGCAAUUUCUUUUGUUUCAAAUUGUUGUGUUCCAAGUGCCUGCUUAAUUCUAGUAUCGCAAACAUCAAUUACGGCUUCGUUUCCAAUAUUAAGAAUCUGUGGAUAUGUUGUAUGUUCAAGUAAUGGGAUUAAUAUUCAUUUCAUUUGGAGCUUGAUGUUUAA